AUGGUUAGCAUUAAUGCUUCAAUUGCUAUCCAGGCAAUUCUUCUCGUCUUGACCUUUGCUGUCCUUAUCCUCCGAGGCUGGGCGCGCGUUCUCUCCCACCAAUCGAUCUUCACACCGACCGAUCUGUUUGCUUGGGUAGGAUGGGUAUUUACACUGGGAUGGUUCAUCUGUUCGACAUUGGCCCUUCGAAUCCUUAUCGAUAACCCUGCGUACACCACUGAGCUUCUCGUGGAUUCGGAAGAAUACCUCAAGAUCGUCUUUGUGGCGCAGUACUUUUUCGACAUCGGAAUCUACCUCCCCAAGAUCUCCAUUACCAUGUUUUACUGGAAUUUGAUACCGAGGAUUUCUGGGCGACUGAAGAAUGCGCUGUUGGCAGUGUCCAUCUACCUAGGCUGCUGUCUCACCGCGACAGUCCUUACCGACACCUUUAUAUGUCAGCCCAUCUCCGACAACUGGUCUAUCCCGAACCAACUCAAGUCGACAUGGAACUCGUACGCCGCCUUUGUCAUCCAAUGGGUCCUGAACUGGUCUACAGAUUUGGUCGCAUUUCUAUACCCCUUCUUCCUUCUUAAGCAUAUCGCACUUCGCAAGGAGCAGAAGCUUGCCCUUGUUGGUGUGUUUUCUCUGGGUGCCAUCACCCUCAUGAGAUGA